AGCGGAAGAGUACACAACAAGUCAGGAAGUUCCUGCGAAUUACCUUCAAAAAAUAAAACCACAAACUGGGUGGUGCGGUUUAUUUGUCCUUUGAGUGUGAGGCGAAGUUGACCGUAAGUUUUUAUUCUGACAACUGUAACCGGAAGUGCGCCCAUAGCGGUUUGUUUGGCUUGACGAGCAAAAGAGCAGGAUGUAGCGGUACAUGUAUCGGGCUCGCCUCACAUCAAUCCAGCCAUCAGAAGUCCUUCGCUCUUUUUAUAUCGACGCGGUGAGCCAGGUUUGGGGGAUGGGUGUUGCAAGGAUUGUCAGCAGAGUCGACUAACGCUUGAAAACAUGUCCAACAUCCUCGAUGCGGCGUCCAGGGUGAAAUGGGACCGGACGGCUGCGGCGAAGCGAGCCGUGUUUCUUGCGGCGGCUGCUUACGGUGUCAAAACCCUGUACCCCAUCAUCUGCAAGCAGCUCUGCAAAAACAAAGAUCCCAGGAAUAAUGGCCGGGUUUCGAAGGCGGAGAACGGCUCCACUUGUUCGGCAAAGACACAGGUAGAUGUGGCGACUUAUCGGAAGACGUCGCCGGGGGUAAAUGCGGAAUUUUUUAAGCAGAUCCUCGAACUUGCUAAAAUCCUCUUCCCCAGGCUCGUGUCCAAAGAGCUCGGUUUGCUCUCCUUGCACUCGGUGGCGCUGAUAUCCCGGACGUUUCUCUCUAUAUACGUGGCCAGCUUGGACGGUAAGAUUGUCAAAACGAUCGUGGAGAAGAAACCCAAGAGCUUCAUUAUCCAGCUGGUCAAAUGGCUCCUCAUUGCCAUCCCGGCCACGUUCGUCAACAGCGCCAUCCGGUACCUGGAGUGCAAACUGGCCCUGGCCUUCCGCACCCGGCUGGUGAACCAUGCCUACCGGACCUACUUCACCGAUCAGACCUAUUACAAAGUCAGCAACAUGGACGGGAGGCUCGCCAACCCGGACCAGUCUCUCACCGAGGACGUCAUGAUGUUUUCCCAGUCGGUGGCCCACCUCUACUCCAACCUCACCAAGCCGAUACUGGAUGUGAUGCUGACCUCCUACACGCUGAUUCAGACCGCCAGGUCCAGAGGGGCCAACGCCUCCGGGCCGACCCUGCUGGCCGGGCUCGUGGUCUUUGCCACGGCGAAGGUCCUGCGUGCCUGCUCGCCCAAAUUCGGCAAGCUGGUGGCCGAGGAGGCGCACAGGAAAGGCUACCUGCGCUACGUGCACUCCAGGAUUAUUGCGAACGCGGAGGAGAUAGCUUUCUACAGGGGACACAAGGUGGAGAUGCGGCAGCUGCAGAAGUGCUACAGGGCCCUUGCGGAUCAGAUGAACCUGAUCCUGUCCAAGCGUCUCUGGUACAUCAUGAUCGAGCAGUUCCUCAUGAAGUACGUGUGGAGCAGCAGCGGGCUGGUCAUGGUCGCUGUGCCGAUCAUCACGGCGACGGGCUUCGCUGACAACGAAACGGCAGACGGGCAGACGCACGUGAUGGUGAGCGAGAGGACGGAGGCUUUCACCACCGCCCGGAACCUCUUGGCCUCAGGGGCCGACGCCAUCGAGAGGAUCAUGUCCUCCUACAAAGAGGUCACAGAACUGGCAGGUUACACCGCACGGGUCCACAACAUGUUUGUGGUGUUUGAGGACGUCCAGAGGGGUGUUUACAAGCGCUCCUCUCUAUCAGCGGAGGGGGCCGAGAAGAAGAGCAAGCCUGAGAUGCACAUAGAUGGACCUUUGGAGAUAAAGGGUGAAGUGAUAGACGUGGACAAUGGCAUCGUGUGUGAGAAUGUACCAAUUAUUACGCCAAACGGGGACGUAGUGGUGUCUUGCCUGAACUUUAAGGUAGAAGAGAGCAUGCACCUAUUAAUCACGGGGCCUAACGGCUGUGGGAAGAGCUCUCUGUUCAGGAUCCUCAGCGGUUUGUGGCCCGUCUACGGCGGCCGGCUACAUAAACCCUCCCCUCAACAUAUGUUCUACAUCCCUCAGAGGCCAUACAUGUCCAUGGGUACACUGCGGGACCAGGUGAUCUACCCGGACUCGGUGGAGGACAUGGCUGCAAGAGGCCUCAGUGACAAGGACCUGGACGCCAUCUUGGACAUAGUCAACCUCAACCAUAUAAUCACCAGGGAGGGAGGCUGGGAUGCUGAGCUGGACUGGAAGGACGUGCUGUCAGGGGGCGAGAAGCAGAGGAUGGGCAUGGCUCGCAUGUUCUACCACAAGCCUAAAUAUGCCUUGUUGGAUGAGUGCACCAGCGCCGUGAGCAUUGACGUGGAGGGAAAGAUUUUCCAGACUGCUAAGGAUGCCGGCAUCUCUCUGCUCUCCAUCACACACAGACCCUCCCUGUGGAAGUACCACACCCACCUGCUGCAGUUCGACGGGGAGGGAGGCUGGCGCUUCGAGCAGCUGGACACUGCGACGCGCCUCACACUCACCGAGGAGAAGCAGCGGCUGGAGGCCCAGCUGGCCGGCAUUCCCGAGAUGCAGCAUCGCCUCAACGAGCUCUGCAAGAUCCUGGGAGACGACUCUGUCCUCAAAACGGCCGAGGAGUGAGAGAGAAAGAGAGAGGGAAAGCAUGGGGGAGGGAGCAGGGGAAGGGGCCCAGAGGGGAGAGAGACGAGAGGGAAACGGGGAAAGAAAAUGCGGGGGGAGGAGGAGUUGAGAGUGUGAAAGAAAUAAAAGAGAUCUGUAGGGGGUUUGUGAGUAUUUUUUUCAGGCUUAGAUUUUUAUUUUUUUUUUAAGAUUUAAAGUAGGAAUGCCAGUUAGUUUCUCCCUUCUCCUCCUUUCUCCUUCAUCUCUGCCCCGCAAGAGGGGGAGAGUGAAGUGGAUCCGCAAGUAUUAUCCCCCCCUUGUUGUGUUGCGCACAUCGACCGCAUAGAUUUUUAGACGUUUUGCUUUUAGCGCACAUCAUUUUCCAGAUCAAUUCGCCGCGGGUUCAAAGUGGCGAGAGUGGUAAAUCCAAAUUUGAACUAAGACGGUGACUUUUGUUUGUUUUGUUUUGUAGCACUUUACUCUGCUUUUAGAGGGCUGUUUCUGUUUGUCGUGGUAGCUCACAGUGAAAUACGGUGACACCUGCAUCUUAGCUGGAAAACUUUUUAAUAUAGAACCACUAAAUGAUAAUGUCCAAAGCAGUAUUCCACGCCCAGUGCACUGGGUUGUGCAGGAUCCACGUUUGUUAUAAUUUAUCAGUAGAUUUUUAGUUUUUACUGAACUUAAUGAGACCUCUUCUGUUUUGAGAGGUCAAAAGAGACUAUUUUUCAAAAUGUCACAGUAUGCCUUUGUUUGAGUUUGUGUGUCUAGCCGCAGUACAAUCCCUCUCCUUAUACCUCAUCGUUAGCGCUUGUUAGGUUGUCGCACACCCGCGAACCACUGAUAUCGCUCAGUUGCAGGCGAAAAGAAAAAAGAGACGAUCUGGGGUCUAUUAUUAGAGCCAUUAGUGACGCGGGUCUGACUCCAAAACAUAGGUUUCUGGUUUAUUGAACAAAUACAAUGAGCUAAAGAGGCCCUCUUCAAGAGCAAGCUGACCCCGGUAGUCUGCUCUGGCUACGAACAGUCACACAUGUGCUACAACAGGUAGCCAGUCAGACUGUGUAAGUGUUGGAUGUAUGUACGCACACAGGACAGCUGUUAAGGCUCUCCCCUGUGUUGACACAAAAAACACUCAUGUCGUGCUCUGUCGGUCCUUUUGAGCCUGAUCUGGAGUCACAUUUGAGCCAAUACAUGAUGCUGAUUUAGUCAAAAGAGACUUCAAAUAAAGUUGAUGAUGACACACACAAAAAAACUUUUAAUAACGUGAAGUUUCGUUAUAUUCUCUUAUUAUUUGACAUAAUACUCCACAUAUUAUUAUGUUUUAAUUAGGCUUGAGCGAGUACACUGUUGCAACGACUAUCAGAUAAUGUCAUCUGAGUAAGUUGUGUCAAUAUCCACACUCAUGAUGAGUGAAACUCUUAUUGGGUGCUGUAAAUGAUGCAUUUUAACUAAAACAUUGAUCUGAAGCUCAGUUCAGAUGCUGUCCUGUAAAUAGUUAAAAGGUAGAGAAACUUAGGAUCAACCCAUAUCAGUUUCAGGUUUAAACAGAAUGAGCGUGCAUACCUCCACCAUGGCCCAACAGUACCCUUUAAUUUGAUCAAACCUAAUAUCAAAUAAAACAUAUGUAAAGGAAGGUAGUAAGGGAGUAAAAGGAGACCUAUUAUGUUUUUUUUUCUUUCCUCCAGUGUGUUAAAAAGUUAUUGUGCCAGUAAAAGAAAAUGAAAAAGGUCUCUGCCAACAGAAGCUCCUCUCUCCCACAGAAAACACUGCACCUUAAAGGCCUCAUCAGCAGUCCCGCCUGUAAUUCUGUGACUUUGUGACAUUUUGGCACAUAAAAACUGAUUUGGCAGGGGUGCUUUGUUGUUGUUAGUGGUGCUCGAUCAGGCUUGUGUGAGCUGACCAAUCAGAUGAGACUGGGGGACCUUAAAGAGACAGGAGCUUCUUAGAUCCGUCCCUUUAUCUGGAUCAGCAUCAAAUGUUAGUGGGGUCUAUUCUGGGCACACACCCAACCUCCAUCCAAGAUCUGCACAAAAUUUGUAUUCAGUAUCAGUAUUUUUUGUGUAAUCCUGCUGACAACCUUCUGAUUGCCCCUCCCAUCUGUGGUACAAGCACCACGAGUUUCUAGUUGAAGCCCCGCUCAUUACACUAUGUAUAAAUUAGCUGGUUGAACAGUUACAGAUAAUGAUGUACUCGCUCAUCCCUAGCUAUAACAUAUGAGCCCUCAUUGGGUUGUGCUUAUUAUAUAUUACAUAAUAGGGCUACUAUACAGUACUACAACGGUUAGAGGUCAGGCUCAUUCAUAGAUCGCUGGAAGGGAUUUCAGUUUUGGCUCAAGGACACUUCAACACGUCGGUUGCCUCUUGAUAAACAGCUGGCAUGCAUCUUGGCUAUAUACAGGAACAGAAAUGAGUUCUCACGUAGCCUCCAUGUUUGUUUACCAGCAACUCAUCGGAAGUUGUGAUACUGUGAAAUUAGUGAUUAUUAUUGAAACAGUCAUGAACGCUGUGUUCUCCUGUGGUGGCUUUGAGUUGUGGUUGUGGCUGCUUUUACACUUUGUUCCUUUUCGUGGUUCAGCCCUAUGUGUUUACGGUGGUGCAGCAGGAGAGGAGAAUCCGGGUGGAGAAGCCGUGGUUGUUGGUUCCAUUCAGUUUCUAGUCUUUCAGACUCCACCCUCGGCACGUAGAGUCAUAUUUUUGCCGUUUCUCACAUUCAUUUGGUCCCAGAGCUCACUAAGCAAUACAAAUUAUCACAGCAUUUGAGAUGCAAAAAAAAGGACGCAGCCAAUUUUACAUUUCUGUUUUUGUCUUUAGCUCACCCAUAAUUCAAUAGUUGCUCUGUAAAAUGAAAAAAAUGUAAACAGAGAAGUGUGUAAGCACUUUACAAACAGGAAUAUAGGGUGAAAUCUGUGUUUUUUUUCUAUGAGUGGUCCAGCUUCCAUCACCAACAGGAGAAUCACUGGACUACUGUACGCUAUUCUCACACUGUGCUGCACACAGGACUCGAUCCACGUCACUACCAAGCUUGAGUGACUGGUGCAGUGUAAUAUCAGGUCAUGUCACUGGUUAGAAUACCACUAUAUUUUAUUAAGCCUCUGCUUUGUUAACACACCACAAUGUCUGUGUCGCAGAGGGAUGGACAAUCAGUCACAUCAGCAGCAGAAUUCAAACUACGCACUGGCUUGUUGUUACCUGCAAAGAAAUGAGCAAGUGGGCGCUGGUUUAAGGUACACAUCUGCACCCGGGUCAUCUGAGUUGUUAUCGAACGUUAUGACAUAAAUUGUUGAAUAUGUUUUGUCAAAUCCCUCAGGCCUACUGUUAGACCAAGCUGGGCCUGCAUCCAGGAUGUCUAAAAGUGCAUCUCCAUUGAGAGUUCGAACCUUUGCAACCUCCCCUUCAUGCUUUUAGUGUACAGGACUUAAGACCAUUUGGAUGCAGCCCUCCUCUUCUCAGGAUGAUGGCUGCUAGGUUACAGAAGGACAAAACCAAGAUUUUAUUACUAUUUUGUUUUGUUUUUUUACCCUUCAAAAGAAUGUAACUGGAGAAGAAAAUCUAAUUAAGGAAUUGAAAUGCCAUUCCUUUAAUGUCUAAAGGAAUAAUAAUGUACUAUAAUCUGUGCUGCACAAAAAUAAUUACGCUUUCAUUCGGUACGCGAGAGAGCAUUAAAGGCAUUACUGCGGGACUUGAAAAACCAGCAUGGCAGGCCUUUUUUGAGCAGCAUUUUCAGACCUGAGAUAAGUCGUGUGUGCCAUCGGUCAGAUUCUGUUGACAGGAGGCCAGACGAGCCGCUGAAUGACACAGAGUCUGCCAAGUGACACUGGAACAUGAGGUCAGCUCUAGCGCAGACAGUGCCAGUAAUUCAUAGGCAUGACCAUAGCUUCCUUUAACUAAGAAAGAGUCAGAAGUAUUGUUAGUUCACUAAAGACGAUGGGAUGAAAAAUGGUGAGGUGUCAUUUUUGUAGGAGUGGAAUUUUGCCCUCCAAUCGCACUAUAAAACAGCCUAACUGAGACUAAACUCUACCUUUUUAAACACUUGCUCCCCAGUGAGUCUUGGGUCAGAGCAGCAUUUGUCGGUGCUGGUUACCCACUGCUCUCGUUACAGGUUUCUGGCUGGUGCAGGCACCUGUUUAAAAGGUCCAAUAUUAUGCAAAUUUCUAGGUUCAUACUUCUAUUUUGGGUGUCUGCUAGAAAGGGAUAACAUGCUUUAAUGUUCAAAGAAACACAUUAUUUUUCUCAUGCUGCCCAUUGCUGCAGCACCUCCAUUCACCCUCCGUCUGAACGCUUUAUUUUAGUGCUUCUUUAAGACCUCCCUGUCAAAAAGCCCAGUCUGCUCUGAUUGGUCAGAUCUCACAGGCCUGAGUAGGCACAGCCCACAUAAGCUCUGCGAGGGUUUUUACAACCACGUGGCUGAGGGCUGUGGCUGCAUAGGUGUGACAUCGCAUACAUAUGUAUACAUAUAUGCCUAGCAUCACAGUGCAAGCAGACAAAGUUAGCAACUAGUUAGUGAACAUGGGUAAAGUGGAGCAUUUAGCUAGCAACUGAUUCUCCUCCAUAGUUGGUGAACACCAGAGCUGUGCAAAAAGAUGAAAAUAGUGUGAAUAUUGGAUGGCUAAAAAUGGAUAUUAAUAGGCCACUUUUAGCUAACAAGUUCCCUACCUCACCAUAAAAGGAUAUGCUAACAGUUAGCUUGUUUCUGCUUCCCCUGAGUAGCCAUCAAUCAUUGCAGAUUUAAAGUUAUUAUACUUUUUGUUCCUAUGUAUUGUUUCUUUGAGUUAACUUGAUCUUGGAUUUAUUCCAGGGGAAAACAUCUACAUUGUCAUUUCUUUUAAUAUGACACCUCAUCAUUUCUCAGCUCUUUAGUCAAUCCGUUAAGAUAGCUUACUUACCAAUGAAGUUGGGCCUUUAGUGGCCUACUAGCCACACUGUAUGACCUUGCUAUAUACUGUAAUGACAUCCUUACUAACAAAACUUUGAUAUGGAAAGUUUCGCACUCUAUCACCCCUUUUGUAAGUAAGAGAUUGAAUGUAUCCAUUAUGUAUGAUAAAGCAUCUCUGAAGGUUACGAAGGCAAUGAAUACAUGUGGUCAGGUCAUGGCGGUUUCCCUUUUGUUUGAUAAUUGAUCAUUUUAUAAUUGUGUUAGUAGUGCAUGUAAUAUUUGGACUUACUGUACGCGUGUGCGUGCUAGGAUAAUGAGCAGGGAUCAGUUUUUAAAUUUUCAACUUGAAUUGUCAUGUCGAUCAAGCGGUGUAGGACAGUCAAAUCUAUAUUUAUGACAGUGUCAGUGACUGAAUGGUACGGGAAAGAAAUGUGGAUGAUCAUGAGCACAGUAAAUCUCUGGUUUCUAACUUGUUCAGGUUAUCUCUGAGGUAUUAUUUGACUGUCCUGUACCUCAGAAUCAACAUGCAGUGAUUCUCCCUCGAAGCUGGGGAUUUACUACACUUUGUACUUACCCCUUCAGCUCCGUUUGCAAGCAGAACACCCACACAUGGAACUGUACAUUUUAUAUUUUGAAUUCCUGGAGCAGUAACCCCAGACUCCCUUUACUGAUAUCUCAUUGUGCAUGUGUAGGAAUCUGUAUUCUUUAACCUUAGAACCAAGAGAGGUACAUCUGCAUAAAGGUCAUCUGUUACAAAAAUCAUGUGCUGAUGUCACUUUACGUUGGAAGAUGAAGAUGUAUUUUCUUGUAAAUAAAAAAAAAAAA